GAGAAGACUGCUAACUACUUUGGGACUAUCUGUGAUGAUGGCCUGAGCCAAGUACCUCAUUUGAAGGGAUAACCUUCCGCUUUAAUGAACAAAAUUCUGAGGAAGCUAUGGCAGAAGAAAUUUGAUCCCAGUUAUAGAUGGUUGUGAGCUACCAUGUAGUUGCUGGGAAUUGAACUCAGGACCUCUGGAAGAGCAGCCAAGUGCUCUUAACUGCUGAGUCAUCUCUCCAGUCCCGUUCCCUGGGUUCUGCUUCUUCCUUCUCCUGUGGGCUAGGUGGUUGGAGUUGUGCUUCACACAUUUCAACAGCUCAGCAGUGUUUUAUCUGCCAACUAAGCUUUUUACUUGAUUGCACCAUGGAAAUGCUACUAAUGAGACUUGCGGAGCAUAAAAGUGGACUUGAAGAGCCAGAAGCCACUGUUUUCAAAUGAAGGAUUCCAGUUUUAAGCCUCAGUGCUUUUAAAUCACCACUGAUAUUUACCCCCUAAAAUCAAAAUGUCAAGCAGACGAAAAUCAACAACACCUUGCAUGGUCCUUGCCAGUGAGCAGGAUCCAGACCUUGAGUUGAUAUCAGAUUUGGAUGAAGGUCCUCCUGUCCUUACCCCCAUAGAGAAUGCUAGAGCAGGGAGUGUCUCCAGUGAUGAAGAAGUUCAUGAGUCUGUGGAUUCUGACAAUCAGCAAAAUAAAAAAGUGGAAGGGGGCUAUGAAUGUAAAUAUUGUACUUUUCAAACUCCAGAUCUAAAUAUGUUUACUUUCCAUGUAGAUUCAGAGCAUCCUAAUGUUGUCCUGAAUUCAUCCUAUGUUUGUGUUGAAUGCAAUUUUCUUACCAAAAGGUAUGAUGCACUUUCUGAGCAUAAUCUGAAAUACCACCCAGGAGAAGAAAAUUUUAAGCUGACUAUGGUGAAGCGUAAUAACCAGACAAUCUUUGAACAAACAAUAAAUGAUCUGACUUUUGAUGGUAGUUUUGUUAAAGAGGAGAAUUCAGAGCAUGGAGAAUCCAUAGAUGUUUCUUCUUCAGGAAUCUCCAUCAGUAAAACUCCCAUCAUGAAAAUGAUGAAAAAUAAGGUAGAAAACAAACGGAUUACAGUCCAUCAUAACUCCGCGGAGGACACUCCUGACGAGAAAGAGAAUGGAGUAAAAGUAAGCCGGGAAGAAAAUGUAGAAAGUGCGACUUCUUCAGCUCCAGAAUCCAAUACAAGUACUUCUACCAUCAGCAGAGUGCAUCCCAAUCCUGCUAGCACAGUAGUGACGCCCUCCGCUGUUCUUCCUGGAUUAGCACAGGUGAUCACUGCAGUGUCUGCUCAGCAGAAUUCGAACUUGGUUCCUAAAGUCUUAAUCCCUGUUAAUAGCAUUCCUACCUACAAUGCUGCAUUGGAUAACAAUCCCCUUCUACUCAAUACCUACAACAAAUUCCCUUACCCUACAAUGUCAGAAAUUACAGUUCUUUCUGCUCAAGCAAAAUAUACAGAGGAACAGAUCAAGAUCUGGUUUUCAGCCCAACGUUUAAAGCAUGGUGUUAGUUGGACUCCUGAAGAAGUGGAGGAGGCAAGGAGGAAACAAUUCAAUGGAACAGUACAUACUGUACCUCAGACCAUAACUGUUAUUCCUACACACAUUUCCACAGGGAACAAUGGGUUACCGUCUAUUUUACAGACAUGCCAAAUAGUUGGUCAGCCAGGUCUGGUUCUUACUCAAGUAGCUGGAGCAAACACUUUGCCUGUAACAGCACCUAUCGCCCUGACAGUGGCAGGGGUUCCAAAUCAAACAAAUGUACAAAAGAGUCAAGUACCUGCUGCUCAGCCUGCUACAGAAACAAAAGCGGCCACAGCAGCAGUUCCAGCAUCGCCAAGUGUCAGACCUGAAGCUGCACUAGUGAACCCGGAUUCAUUUGGUAUUCGAGCCAAAAAGACUAAAGAACAGCUGGCAGAAUUGAAAGUUAGCUAUCUUAAAAACCAGUUUCCCCAUGACUCAGAAAUUGUUAGGCUUAUGAAAAUAACAGGCCUUACUAAAGGCGAGAUUAAAAAAUGGUUUAGUGAUACAAGGUACAACCAGAGAAAUUCAAAGAGUAAUCAGUGCUUACAUCUCAAUAAUGACUCUUCUGCCACUAUCAUUAUAGACUCCAGUGAUGAAACCCCAGAACCCCCAGCUGCAGUUACUACACAGCCGAAACAAUCCUGGAAUCCCUUUCCUGACUUUGCUCCCCAGAAGUUUAAGGAAAAAACUGCAGAGCAACUUCGUGUCCUUCAAGCAAGUUUUCUCAACAGUUCUGUGCUUACAGAUGAAGAAUUAAAUAGGUUAAGAGCGCAAACCAAACUUACUAGAAGAGAAAUUGACGCUUGGUUUACAGAGAAGAAAACAAAAGCUUUAAAGGCUGAGAAAAAAGAAGUAGAUGAAAGUAAUGUAGGCAGUUCCAAAGAAGAGCCUGGAGAAAGUAAUGUAGGCAGUUCCAAAGAGGAGCCUGGAGAAAACUCUCCUGCAGACGAAGCAGUUGCACCUAAGUCGGGAGGUACAGGCAAGAUAUGUAAGAAAACACCAGAGCAACUGCACAUGCUUAAAAGUGCAUUUGUCCGAACACAGUGGCCAUCACCAGAAGAGUAUGACAAGUUGGCUGAGGAAAGUGGGCUUGCCAGAACAGACAUAGUUAGUUGGUUUGGGGACACCCGUUAUGCUUGGAAGAAUGGAAACUUGAAAUGGUACUACUACUAUCAAAGCUCCAAUUCAAGUAGUUUGAAUGGUCUUUCUUCCCUUAGGAAAAGAGGGAGAGGCAGACCCAAAGGACGGGGCAGAGGCAGACCACGUGGGAGGCCUAGAGGAGGCAAAAGAAUGAACACCUGGGACAGGGUACCAACACUCAUAAAGUUUAAAACUGGAACAGCAAUACUUAAGGAUUAUUACCUGAAGCACAAAUUUCUUAAUGAGCAAGAUCUUGAUGAACUUGUCAACAGAUCACACAUGGGCUAUGAGCAGGUCAGAGAGUGGUUUGCAGAAAGACAGAGAAGAUCUGAGUUAGGUAUAGAAUUAUUUGAGGAAAAUGAGGAGGAAGAUGAAGUUAUUGAUGAUCAGGAAGAAGAUGAAGAAGAAACAGAUGAUAGUGACACUUGGGAACCCCCACGACAUGUGAAGCGGAAGCUUUCUAAAUCAGAUGACUGAAAUCUACUUAAAGUUCCGAAGGAGAAUAAGCUCUUCAGCUCCAGAUGUCUGAGUUACUGUGAAUGGCCCAGUUCUUGAUGACACUGAAAAUGCGUACUUUGGGCAUACAUACUCUCAAAACAGGAUCCAAUGUCCAAAAGAAAUGGAACUUGAUGUCGUGCCAAAGUCAAACUGCUGCAGUCGGGGGAAGGUCUGCAAUGUAAAUAGAGCGCUAAUUAAAAACAACUUGUAAAAAGUGAGAUUUUAAUACAGUCCGUUUUUAUUCUGCUAGGACGGAGACUUUGUGAAUCUUUGACUUUCUAAGGGGUUAAUGACCACUAGAGCUUGUCCUCACUUGUAGUCCAGCUUACAGCUAUGGAAGGUAGGCAGCGUCGCCUGUUUUCUUGGACACAUGAUUAAGCUCACAGCUUUGAGUGACCAAACAUUUUCAGAGUAAAAGUUCUUAGAAAUGGGAGGGGGAGCCACACCCUAGUUUACUUAUGUGUCUUAUUUAUCAGGUCCUACACCAAAAUUAAAAGUUGUACAUGGGCUUUCCCAGUUUGCAAUGUAAAAACAGCCUGGAGUAUUAUGUUGGAAUAGGAAGACUUGCUGGCCUUCAUGACUGCACCCUCCUCUAAACCGUGAGAUAAACCACUCUUUCCACUGGCAGUAUUGUGUGACUGCUUUCUGUCAGUAUCUGACUGAAGAUACUAGCCCAAAGGGAAAAGGGCUUAAUGGGGAGAAACUCCAAAUACUGUUCCAAACAUGUGGAACAGUCCACGGUCAAGUACAUGCAGCGCGGUCUUCCGGGUGUGUGGGUCCGCAAUGCCAGACAGGUGCAGAACAGAUUUUGCAAGAUUAUCUUUCCAUGACAUUCUACCUUGUGUAAUGAUUUCAGUGAACAACGAAAAAAAUUCUGAACUGAUCCUAAUGAGUUGAAAAUUAGCUUUUCCUGUAAGAAUCGGGGUGUUCACGGUGCCUGCUGUAUCAGGGGACUCUGUUCCUACUGACUUGUAAUUUAAGACGGUGCUGCCAUUCAUGUUGGAAAAGGCCCCUUUCUUCUGUGAUCAGAGGACCACCUUUCAAAAUGUGCUUUCCUCACAGAACAGUCAGUUCAAUUAGAUCGGACUUAAAAAAUAUAUUUUUGAAUGAUCACAUGUGGUAGGUUUGGCCAGUUUGUUUUCUAAUUUAAUGAAUAAUAAAUACUAAGCUCUUGGUUAAAUGUUUGUCAGCUAAUGAAACUGUUAUGAAAAAGCCUUGAAUAUGCAUGCUGCUUUCAUUUUUAUAAACUUUUUAUUUUUUAACUAUAGCUUUAUUAGCAAUUCCCAAAUGCUGCAAUUUGCUGAUUUCUUCACUCAGACAGCUGGCUUUGUGGGUGGCUUUUUUCAUACUACUGUUAACUUUUUUAAAAAGAAGUGAUGUAAAGACUGUAACAAUUGAAUGCACUAAGCUGUUUUUCUUUUACACAUCUAAAAACUUCUUAAAUACUCUGUAUUAUAAUGAUUAAAUUGCUCCCUUUUUAAAACCA